CGACAGUUCCCUACAGUCAGGACAGACGCGUCCGCGAUUCCAAACGAGGAGGUACCCUGUCUCCUUUCUCGUCGGUUUCCAAUACACACGAGUACCGCAAAACAUUGCUCCAAAAAAAAAAAAUCCCAGAAUACACUUUUUUUUCCCCCUUACUUUUAUUUAAUAAAAAGUUUUACUUUUCCAAAACAAUAUUUUUCUAUAAUAAAAUUUCCAGAAAAAAAAGUGUAAAUACAAAAGUGAAGGAAAAAUUUUUCAAUCAGUGGAAUAACACAAUUUGCAGGCUCUAUACAAAAAGGAUGAAACCCAAAGGACGAAGCUGAUUUUAUCGAAAUUAAUUUUCCUGUCAUGUGGAGGAGUUACUCUCCUCCAAAAUAGUGGUCAUAGAAGUGAUUAAAAAAUUUUUGUGAAAAAUAAAUCAUCAUCAAAAAGUGGAUUUUUGGAAAAGAGUAAAUAAAAAAAAAAUUUUUUUAUUGAAUAGUGCAGUGUGUUCCGUAAAGGGAACAAAAAGCUCUUGUCGCACCUUAAGCGUCGGAGCUCUCGCGCGACGCGAAAUUCAUGCGGUCAGCAUCCUCAAGGAUUUGAACAUUUUUUUUCCCUUUGGAUCCGAAAUGAGAAGAAUGGCUCAUCAAACCGACGGUUGGCUCCAACUGGGCCAGAGGCAACGGAAGUAAAAAAAAAUCCAAGUGUCUAAUUGGUACUACAAUUUUUGGAUAACUUGAAAUUGUUUUGUGCUCAAUAUUGGAUAACGGCAAAAAUGCAAAGGAUUUAUUAGAAAAGAAAAAUAAUAGUGAUGUUGAUGAAAAAUUUGAAAUUUCGGGUGAAUUAAAUACCAAAAUUAAUAAUUUAGUGGAUGUGGAUGUGUCGUGUUGUUGGAAAGUGGUGGACGACGAAGUCGGAAGUGGUGUGUGCGUUAAUUGGUGAUACAGACGGUGUUCGCACUCGUUCUGUUUAUUACGAUGAUUUCCACGUCAUUUGUGACCCUGGUGUUCCUAGUGUGCCUUCAAACGGUUCUACUAUCAACCGUGAGCAACUGUGCGAAAACAAUCAGCAUGCAUUGGAACACAACAAAUUCCAUAUUUCGGAUAGACAACACAGAUCACAUAAUAGAUGUGAACAAAAACAACGCUGCUUUCGAGUACGACCAAGUAAAUAUAAUUUGUCCCGUGUAUCAACCAGGGACGUACGAUGACGAUGCCGAGAAGUACAUUAUUUAUAAUGUGUCGAAGGAGGAGUAUGAAACGUGUCGGAUAACGAACGCAAGUCCGAGGGUAAUAGCAAUUUGUGACAAGCCAUUCAAGACAAUGUAUUUCACCAUUACCUUCAGGCCGUUUACACCGCAACCCGGGGGCCUCGAGUUUCUUCCUGGCCACGAUUAUUAUUUUAUCAGCACCUCCUCCAAGGACGACUUGCAUAGGCGCAUCGGUGGACGAUGCACAACCCACAACAUGAAGGUUGUAUUCAAGGUCUGCUGCAAUAAUGACGCAGACACAUCAUCGUCGGCUACCUCACGCAACAACUCCGUUGCAGUAACGAGCAGCACUGUUUCAAGCAGUAGCUCGACAAGCACAGCAGUUUUGGGUGGUAGUGGAGCGGGAUUACUACCACCACCAAGUGUUCACAAAGGAGGAGAUCGAUUCUAUCCCGGAGGCAACAUCCAUCAUCAUCAUCAGCCAGCCACGGUGUCGCCUACCCUCACCCACAUGCCCCCUCCAGUAAUCUAUCCAUCGUAUCCCCAUCAAGUUCCACAAACACCGAUCUACAAUGGAUCGCCAUCCUCAUCACCACCUAAGACUUCGAUCACUCAAAAGAAGAAGAACAAAGAGUACUCCGAUCACCCGAACGAAGUGGUGAAAAACGAAGAGCUCACGUACAACAGUGGGAGCACGAGUAUGAGACACGAUCGUGUGCAGCGGGUGCUGUACUUGUUAUCAGGAACACUUCUGGUCACUCUGCUUUUGCCCAACAUGCUACGGUGAAGCGACUGCCGACCGAUUUCAAGUGUCAAACCCCUUCUUCUGUGAUUAUCCUACGUUUAAUUAAUUUCCGCGAGGAGCGUGUGAAUCGAAUCGCGGGGACGUCAAGUUGAUCGUGUCAACGAUCGUUUAAAUAUAUAGCUGAAUCGUGUGCGCGCGCCUCCAAAAAAAAUUAAAAAGUGGAACCGACGUCGAAAGAGGAUGCGUCGAAAAUAAAACGAGCAAACAAGCCAUAUUACAAUUAAACGAAGAAAUGAAACAAAAAAAAACGAAAAAAAAUAUUUACUAGGUACUAUACCAUAGUACGCCCACUAAUAUCACUACUAUAAAAGCGGUAGUCGUAUAUUGGUUGUCCUUCAUUAUCAUUACGCUAAUUCUAGGUAUUUAUUCAAAAGAAAAAAAAGAAAGAAAAAAAUACAAGAUCAAGCGUUUUGCGUGCUAAGUAUCCUCGAGCGACGACGGAACACGACAAAAUAUUCAAUUUAAAUUAUAGAGAAGGCUCGAAACCACCACGUCGGCGCAUGGCUCUUCCGCAAAAGACUGACAACGACUGAGGCGUGUGUGCAUUCCAUCCUCGUUCGUAUAUAUUCUUCAUGUAUCGCCUACGUGUAGUUUUUGAGGCUAAAAUCUCGUUGACAUUUAAUAAUAUAUAUUCUCCUUAAGGCCUACCAAAAUUUUCUUUACCCCCCAAAAAGAAUAAUUGUAACCCGUAUUUGGAGUAAUCGACUUUUUGCACACAAAAAGAAUUUAUCAUUACUAAAAAUUUUUCUACAAUGUAUUAUUUUGAUAAUUCUUUAACGACUCUCCUGUCUCUUUCUCAAAAAAUAAGUUCAUUUCUUUCAAUCCGAAAAGCAAAUUGUAAAAACUUUCGUAUAUUCUUUUUCUGGAUAAAGAAAACUUUAAUUCUAAAUUUUGAGAAGAAAAAAAAGUCGACAUCUACCAAGUACAUUACAACACAAAAGACUGUAAAUGUUAAAUUUUUAAAUGUAGUGAGAAUUUUUGUGUCUAAAAUCGAAGGGCCGUGCGCAUGACGCGCGACUCGCGACAUGAUAAUUAGCACGCGUGUAAAUAAAUUUUCCUAACGAAUAAAAAAAAGAAAAUAAUAAUGUACAACAGGAACUACUUUGUGAGUUCCUGCCGAAAAAAUGAAAGAGAGAAAGAAAGAAACUGAAAAAAAAAUCGUGAUCGUUUAAGAAGAGUGCAUAUAUAAUAGACAAAUCUUAUUAAAAAAAGAAACAAGAAGGCGAAAAGAAACUGCGAAAAAAGCGUAUAACAAAAUUCAUUGCGCCACACUGUCCACGUGAUCGAAUCAUUGAUUCGCUUUUUUUUAGGAACGUUCUGAAUUUACGUUCUUUAAAGACAACGGAAAAAAUCCGCGACUGUCAAUUUCGCAAUAUUUCUUUUUCUUUUUUUUCCGUUUUGUUUAUUUUGUAUUUCGAAUAUAUGUAUGAUGAAAAGAGUGCUUGAAAAAAAGAUGAAAAUUAUUGUGUGUACGUAUGAAUGUUUGUGUGUGAGAGAGAAGAAACGAAAAAAAAACGAGACAAUUUGUAUUAUAGUUGUAAUAUACUGAACUAUAUCUAUAGAUCUGUAUUAUAUUUAUUAUCUAUUAUUAUUGUAAUGCGAAUAUUCACUCGAUAUUCUAUAAUUAUUAGUAAAAUAUCAAAUUUAAUAGCGAAUUAUUACAAUACGACGAAAUGGACGUAGCGUCGACGUCCUCGAGUCGUUUUGUUCAAUUUUUUUUCCUCACAUAUUUUACAAAAGAAAAACAAAACCAACGAGGCAUUUACCGAUACGUUACAUUUGCGAAUUGGCCCUUUUGUUAUUUUCUGUCUUUCUGUUACUUAUUUAUUAUAAAAUCAAAGCGACAUUGCAUUCACACUUUCAUUGCAUGUACAUUGUUUUUGCAUUAAAAAAAAAGCGAAGAAAAACUCGGAUUAAAAAUGUCACGAAAAGAAACUAUUUUUUUAAAACCGACCUGAUCAAAUUUUUAAAAAAAUGGACUUAAUUCUGUUAAUUAAAAAGGAAAAUCGUGAAUGCAUCCGAUAAAUUAUAAUUUGACGAAACGAAAUUUUUAUAAAAUUGUCGAGACGAAGAAAAAAGAAAUGAAAGAAGAAUCGAUGCGUUUAUAUGGAGCAAAUUAAUUGUAAAUACGAAAUGUGUACCCGAAGCUCCGGACUGUAGAUGAAUCCCCUGCACAUUAAAAAAAAAGAAAUGUUUUUCCAUAGUCAAUCAUCAGUUUUCAAUGUUCAUGCACUCAUCUAUCUCCGCGUCACAGUUUGCAAAAACAAAAGAAAAACACAAUAAUCAUAAAUUGAUUUUUCUAAGACAAUGUUCAACGAAUUAUGACAAGAAAAAUGAAAGAAUCGUAUUAUCCGCAGUAUUGUAAGUCUAAGUAUUGCCUGCGCUUCUCGCUAUUUAAUAAAUUGUCUUAUUUGUCAGUUUUCUUUACAAAAAAAAAAAUAGUGGACCUGCCAUAUUGUAAACAAAAUUUCAUCGAUUAAUAUAAAUCAUCGUAAACUUUCUCAAUUCCCACAACGUCUUCUAGUCAUGUAUUUUGUAAAGAGAAUAAAAUAAUUUAUGAUACGAUUUUGCAUAAUAUUUGCCAUUGAAUAGUGUGUCAAAUAAUUGCAAAUACAACUAAGAAACAAUAUCAAUCUAGAGGGAAAGGGAGAAAGAGCGACAGAAAGCUGAAAAUUAUUUCGGUAUCCGGAUACGCGGAUAUUUGUAUAAUACGAAAAUUGAAUUUUUAUUUUCUCUGUUGCAAAUAUUUUACAUCAAUCAAUUUUUAGUUUUUCUUCUUUCAAAAGAUUCAACGUGAAUUACUAAAUUAAUAGUAAAUAAAACAAAAAUUCUCUUCAGAGGAAAUUGGAAAUUCGUUUGCUAAAACUUCAUCACUAAAUUUACAACUAAUUGAAAAGUAAAAAAAUAGAAAUUGAUUCUUUUGCGUAAAAGUUUUGUUUGAAAAAAGGAAGAAAAAUUGAUACCAAUUUGCGACAAGAAACUAAAAAUGCAAUUUUCGGAAAACAUAACGAAGAUUGUAAUUUAUAUUAAAGCCUUACUCUCCAAACUGACUUACUUUUUCCGGGAAUAUGAGAAUAGUUUAUGGGAUUUAGAAUUAAUUUUGCAAUAACUAAUUCCACGUGUAAAGAGAAUAUAAUUUUUGUCAAUAACCACGGAAAGAAAAAAGGAAAUCUUGUUAAAAGUAAAACUACGUUUUUAGAAUUAAAAAAGAGCAAACACAUAAUUUUUUUUAGCGACAACGCAGCAGAGGUACAUAGAAGCAAAAGUGUGUGAAUGGUGUUCAUUCAUAACGAACACUAUAGGCAAAUACAGUAUAAACAAUAAUUUAGGCUCGAAUUAUUGAUAGAAAAUAGACAAGGUCAUUUCACUGCA